UUCUCUUCUUCGCCUUUCUCUCAUCAAAUUUCAAUCAAAAUGGACAUUCUAAACACCAUCAUCAUCCUCUUCUCAACUCUAUUAAUCCCUCUCCUCCUAAUUUUGUCCUUCGUAGCCCUAAAAAUCUUCGUCGGCAAAUCCAUAAACAACCCUCAGUACCCUCCUGUGAAAGGCACCGUUUUCAGCCUUCUCAUCCACAUCAAAGACCUCUACGACUACCACGCCGCCAUCGCCGCCGAGCACUCGACUUACCGGAUCCUUGCACCGGCGCAGAGCUACAUCUACACAACGGAGCCGAGGAACAUCGAGCACUUCCUCAAGACCAGCUUCAACAAGUACUCUAAAGGCGAGAGCAGCCGCGAGAACAUGGCGGAUUUGUUCGGCCGGGGGAUUUUAUUGGCCGACGGAGAGGAGUGGAAGCAUCAAAGGAAGCUCGCCAGCUCCGAGUUUUCGACGAGAAUUCUCAGAGAUUUUGGCUGCUCUGUGUUUAGGAAGAACGCUGCCAAGUUGGUUCGAGUUGUUUCACAAUUUUCUGAUGUUGAAGGAAGAGUUUUUGACAUGCAAGGUUUGCUCAUGAGAUGCACUUUGGAUUCCAUAUUCAAAGUUGGGUUUGGGGUAGAAUUGAAUUGCUUGGAGGGUUCAAGUGAAGAAACGACUGAAUUCAUGAAGUCCUUUGAUGCUUUGAAUGCUUUGGUGUUGUGGCGCUUUUUGGACCCACUCUGGAAAUUGAAAAGGUUUCUACACAUCGGUUCUGAGGCCUUCUUGAGAAGGGAAGCUAAAAUCGUUGACGAUUUUGUGUACCAGCUUAUUUGGAAGAAGAGGCAAUUGCUUGCACUCAAAGGAGAUUCUAAUAAUGGCAAAGAAGACAUACUCUCAAGGUUUCUAAGGGAGAGUGAGAAGGAUCCAGAGAAAAUGAACGAUAAGUAUCUGAGAGAUAUAGUUCUGAAUUUCAUGAUUGCUGGCAAAGAUUCCACCGCAGGUACUCUCUCAUGGUUCUUCUACAUGUUGUGCAAGAACCCUCUUGUACAGGAAAAAGUUGCACAAGAAAUGAGAGAUGUUUUUGGCGACAGAUUUGAUAAUAGUAUAGAUGACUUCAUAGAGAAUAUAACUGAUGCAAAUCUUGAGCAAAUGCACUAUCUCCAUGCUGCACUCUCAGAGACUCUCAGGCUAUAUCCAGCUGUUCCUGUGGAUGGAAAAUGCGCAGAUGUAGAAGACACUCUUCCCGAUGGCUUUAGAGUAAAAAAAGGUGAUGAAGUGUUUUACGUCUCAUAUGCCAUGGGCAGAAUGCCUUACAUUUGGGGAGAAGAUGCAAAGGAUUUCAGGCCUGAAAGAUGGCUCAAUAAUGGAGUUUUUCAACCACAGUCACCAUUCAAAUUUGUAGCAUUUCAUGCUGGCCCUAGAAUUUGUUUGGGGAAGGACUUUGCUUAUCGGCAGAUGAAGAUUGUAUCAACUGCCCUCCUUCGGUUUUACCGCUUCAAAUUAGCUGAGGAAACAAAAGAUUUGACUUAUAAGACCCUGCUCACUCUUCACAUUGAUGGAGACCUCCCUCUUUGUGCAAUUUCGAGAACAAUCUUCUAAGUUGUUGGUUAAUAUGUGAAUCCAAAUAAGUGCCUCCACUUGAGCAAAAACAGAGUCUGCAAUGUAAAAGUAUCGGCUAUUAACUAAAUAAAAAAUAUUA